AACUCUAUAAAAUGGGUCGAUAUAAUUUAACAGAUGUCCAAGUCCAAAGGUGUCCCAAAAAGAGAGAGAGGCCAUUGUUAGUUCAAAUCAAAUGGAGCGAAGGAUGUUAGAAGCAGCACGAAAGGGCAAUAUCCAUGAGCUGGACGACUUGAUCAGCAGCAAUGAGCUCAUCCUCGAGGAGAUGGAUCUCGAAGGAGCCGGUCACACGCCGCUGCAUGUCGCCUGUGUGGCUGGCCAUUUGGAUUUCAUCCGAGAGCUCCUGAAGCAUAUGCCAAAGCUUGUGGAAAAGGUGAACGCAGAUGGUUUCAGCCCGCUGCACAUCGUAGCGGCUCGAGGUGAUGCCGAGAUUGCGAGGGAGCUCUUGACAGUGGGUCCACACCUUUGCUCUGUGAAGGGACGAGAGAGAAGGGUCCCUUUGCAUUAUGCCGCUGCGAACGGGAAGGUCGAUGUCAUGAAGGUACUGCUCGCCGCUUCACCUGAGUCCGUUGAAGAGACGACCGCUCGAGAGGAGACUACGCUUCACCUUGCCGUGAAGAACAACCGGUUCGAGGCGGUGGUUGUGUUGGUGGACCAUCUAAAGCAGCACAAGAAGGAGCAGGUGAUCAAUUGGAAGGACCACAAAGGCAACACCGCCUUGCAUCUCGCUGUCGCGGGCAAAAAUUUUGAGGUGGUGAACUUCCUGCUUUGUAAGCAUGCUAUGGAGUCCGAGGUCGUGGAGGUGAACGCUGUGAACGACAGUGGGUUGACGCCUCUCGAUGUCUCAACUCCCUCGCGAAGGGAAGCGGGAGAUAGAGAGAUCAGAGAAAUCCUCAUUCGUGCGGGAGCCAAACACGGGAGAGGAAGAUCAAACUCGCCCACAUCAAGCCCAAUCCCAGAGGACAACAACGAUAUCGAUGGUAGUAAUAGUCAUCAAGCAGCUGGGGAGGAACCAGUUAAAGAUGCCGCUCAGUCAUUACCGUGUUCACAAUCGAAGAAUUCAAAAGCAGAAAAGGAGUCCUUUGGCGACAUCCGCAAUGCCCUGUUGGUCGUCGCCGCGCUCAUCGCGAGCGCGACCUACCAAUCCGUGCUUCAGCCUCCAAAGAUAAUAGAAGUCGACAACGACGAAUCAAAAGAUCCUCCUUUGCAUAAAUCCAUGACGGAAUACUAUGGUUCGGGCUUGGUGUACACUCUCUUCCUGGGCGGCAACACACUAGGAUUCGUGGUGUCGGUCCAGAUGAUCAUUUGCCUCACUAGAUUUAUCCCCAACCACGCUAGGCUACCGCUUAAGCUGCCGCUUAGGCUAUCCCUGGUCGCCAUGGUUCUAACUUAUUUUUGCUUCACGUUAUCCUUGCUGCUCAAGACAAUGGGUAAAAAAAGUCCAGCCCACAAAGCUUUGCGCAUGACACCACUAAUGAUAUCAUUCGUUCUUCUGCUGAUGCAGCAGUGGCUGGCACGCGCUAUAGAUUAUUUCUUGGAACGGCUUGUUGGAUUGCACCUUCUAGGUGAUAUGUACCGGCUAGAGGACAAGGACUCAGAGAAUAAGGACUUAGAGAAGAAGGGCAAAAGUAAGGGUUGUCAAUGAUGAUGGUAUCUCUCUUUCCUUGAGGUUGAGCUAAGACAUGCAAGCCUUUAGCAGUAUGGUAUUGUAGAUUGUUCAUCGAGGUUGGGCAUCAGACUGAUGUCCUUAGAUUCUCUGCAGUUGAUUGUGUGAUGUUUGCAAGUGAUCCGUUGUAUCGUACUCCCUAAUAAAAGCGCGUUGGGGGCUUAUACCCCAGUUUUGUAAAUUCGUGGACAACGGUCGAGAUUUUGAGAUGUGGUCACGUGAGUUCCAUCCUAAGUACUCAUUUGGUAUUUGCUUCUUCAGA